CAAGAUUCUUGCCGCCGAUUUGCGCAGGCCCAGCCCAAGGCAGAACUCAACCGAAUUUCUAUCCAAACUUGCGCGCGGAUUAAAGUGCGCUUACCCAGCACCGUGGCUUCAGCGUCUCUUCCUGAAGGUUCUUUCCCUGAGUUGCGUCCUAACCGCUUUAGCGAUACCGUGAUACCUAUUGAGACCUUCUUUUCCCAAGCCCGCGCGUAUGUUCCGGUAUUCCAGGUAGCCCAUACCCGCCCCAGCAAGCAGACAGCAUGGCCACCCCCGAGGAGAAGGCUACGGACCUUAAGAACCAGGGCAACAAGGCCUUUGCUGCGCACGAUUGGCCGACUGCGAUCGAUUUCUACACCAAGGCCAUCGAACUGAACGACAAGGAUCCCGCCUUCUGGUCCAACCGUGCUCAGGCAUAUUUGAAGACAGAAGCAUACGGUUUUGCGAUCAGAGACGCCACCAAAGCCAUCGAACUGAAGCCGAACUUUGUCAAAGCCUACUAUCGGAGAGCGACAGCAUACGCGGCCAUUUUAAAACCCAAGGAUGCCGUUAAAGACUUCAAAACCUGUGUCAAGAUCGACCCAAGCAAUAAGGAUGCCAAGCUCAAGCUCAUCGAGUGCGAAAAGAUCGUGCGACAACUCGCCUUUUUCGCCGCUAUCGAGGUAGGGGACGAGCCGUCCGCAGCCGAGGGGCUCGAUUUGGACUCGAUUGCCGUGGAACCCGCGUACGACGGUGCCCGGUUAGAAGGGGAGAUGACACAGGAGUUCAUCGACGACAUGACGGAACGAUUCAAGAACGGAAAGACAUUACACAAAAAAUAUGUCUACCAGAUUGUUUUGGCCGUCAAGAAGCUCGUGUAUGAUGAGCCCACCAUGGUUGAGGUCGAGAUUCCCGACGACGUGGAGCUCACGGUUUGCGGUGACACCCACGGCCAAUACUUCGAUCUGAUGGAGCUUUUCAGGUUAAACGGUGCGCCAAGUGAUAAGCACUGGUACCUGUUCAAUGGCGACUUUGUCGACAGGGGUUCUUGGUCGACCGAGAUUGCGCUGCUUCUCUACGCCUACAAGUGGCUACGGCCGAACUGCUUCUUCAUCAACCGGGGCAACCAUGAGACAGACGACAUGAACAAAGUCUACGGCUUCGAGGGCGAGUGCAAGGCGAAGUACAACGAACGCACCUUCAAGCUGUUCUCAGAGAGCUUCUCCGCGUUGCCGCUGGCUACCCUGGUUGGCAAUAAGUACCUGGUGCUUCACGGGGGCCUCUUCUCAGACGACAACGUCACCCUAGACGACAUUCGGAAGUUGGAUAGGCACAAGCAGCGGCAACCAGGGCAGGCUGGACUGAUGAUGGAGAUGCUGUGGACGGACCCCCAGCCUCAGCCCGGCAGAGGCCCGAGCAAGCGUGGCGUGGGCAUGCAGUUCGGCCCGGAUGUCACCAAGCGGUUCUGUGAAAGGAACGGCCUGGAGGCGAUCAUCCGCAGCCAUGAAGUCAGGAUGGACGGCUACGAGGAGGAGCACGAUGGGAAGUGCAUUACCGUCUUUUCGGCGCCCAAAUACUGCGACAUGACGGAGAACCGGGGGGCAUACAUCAAUAUUGGCGCCGAUUACAAGCUCAAGUUCUCGCAGUUUGACGCCGUCCCGCAUCCCAACAUUCGACCUAUGGCUUACGCCCAGAACUCCUUGAUGUCUUCGCUGAUGUAG